AUGUUUAAUAAUAAUAAUGAUGAAAAUAAUAAUAAUAAUAAUAGUUUAAAUAAUGAAAUUGGAAGUAUAUUCAAUAGAAAUAUAAAUAAUGUUGGUGGUACUGGCAACAAUAUCAACAUCAACAAAGAUGAAUUCGCUUCGUUGUUAGAAGCAUCACCUAUGACUUCACCAACAUCCUCUCCACACAAUAGCAGUAGUAGAUUUCUAAAGGUAGUGAAAUCGAAAAGAAAAUUCUCUAUAAAACAACAGGUGUUGCCAUUGGUUGCAAUGAUUUGUUUGGCAUCGAUUGUAGUGUCACUCGUUAUCAUCAGUCGUAACUACUCUGCCAAUAACAUGCCAGGCAACCAGACACCGUUCGUAGUGAUCAACGACCCAGAACUUCAACAGGUUGCCGAGGCAUCACGUGCUCAUCUCUUAAACAUACAUCAAGGUGUCAUUACUAAACUGGAUUUCGCCAUUCUCGUACUCAACCCCGUUGGAUCUUGGUCAUUGGCUGCCUUUCACGGAGAUACACUCUCCAAUGCAUCGAGAUGUGUUUAUCUACCAUUUUUGGCUGCUGCUGUAAAGUAUGUUUGUGAGAAAUAA